GUUGUUCUGCAGACAGGUUCAGCUCUCGUCAUCGGCCGCCAUUCAAAAUGCAGAUCGCCUCCUGCGUCGCCCCCAUUCUUGGGGUACCAAAACUUUUCGACUGUUAUUUCCCAUUAUUUUGCUCAAUCUCUAUGAAUAGGCGCUGCAACAGCGCGUGCUCACACCAUGGCUGGACUCCAACCUAAUAUUUGGGCUGGUGUUGCGAUCCCAUGGAUCGCGGCCUUGACGUCCCUCAUCCUUCGCGUCUGCGCUCGGCGCAUGACUAAGAUGAGCUGGUGGUUUGAUGAUUACUUCACCAUCCUGGCGUUUCUCUUCGCGACGGGGUAUUGUGGCAUCAUGGUUGAAUGGACGUUGCAUGCAUAUCUCGGAGUGAAUAUUCCCGACUCAAUGCCGACCGAUGAACGUGAGACAAUUCUACAGCGAGCACGAUUUUUGACCUACUUCAACUCCCUCUGCUACGCGUCAUCAAUCGCUUGUUCCAAGCUCGCGAUUUUAUGUCUGUAUUGGCGCUUGUUUCGCAUUUCAUCCAUUCGCAUUCCGAUUAUGGUCAUGCUUGUUAUGGUAGUCAUCUGGAUUAUCCUCCGAACCUUCAUGCUCACAUUCCGUUGCGUCCCUGUCCAGUCCCUUUGGGACUACACUAUUACAGACAAGGUCUGUAACAUCAACAGCGACCAGUUCUUCCUGGGAACCAUCACGACCCAUUUUAUCAUGGACAUCAUCAUCCUGAUCUUGCCUAUUAUUGAAGUCUUCAGGCUAAGACUUAAAACGGGCCAAAAGCUGGCAAUCGGUGCUCUAUUCCUUCUGGGUACCAUCGUAUGCAUUGCAUCAAUGUUUGUACUCAUUGUGCUUGUUAACUACCCCGAUAACACAACCCAGAUGCCCCACGACUAUGCCAUGUUCUGUAUUCUGGGCUCCGUUGAAGUCAAUAUCGCUAUUGUCUCUGCAUGCUUCCCUCUUCUUCGUCCAAUCUUUGUCCAUAUUCUCCCUUCCAGCUUCCUCAGCUCAUAUGGCAAAAGCAGCCAACCUAUCAGCCGACCGAGCAAUGCUAUCAAGCUCACGACACUUAUUCGGACAAACAAGGAACGUGACGCUGAUGAAACAAGCUCAACGCAUCAAUUGGCCGAUGUUGAGAACGGACUGCAUUAUCACUCUGGUGACUCGCAACGGAACGAAGGAGUGCAUACUAUGAUCUCGAGUGAACAGUCUGGUUCUGGCCCGGAAUUUGACACAGCGGGAAUACACGUGCGAAACGACACGGUCGUGGAGAUUAAGCAGGUUGAAAGCAAAGGCUUUUAUCGUCUCGAGUAAUUUAUAUAGAGAAUCAAUAAGCCUUAUGGAUAUACAGUAGAACACCAUUAUUGGGACGAAUGACAUCACGUCGUACCACCAAACCG